AUGCGUCAAACGUCUCUCCUUUGCGUUCUCUCUCUUGCUUCGGCGGCUUUAGCGGCCAGACCUGUCCUCAAUGAACCCGUCACGAUGAUUGACAAGUCUUUCGAGACCUUCCCCAUCGCGAACGGAAACCUACCAGACCUCUCCCGAAUUCUUGGCCUUCCGGACUUUGACUGGGCCGCGAGACAGUCGAUGAACAACUCUGCAUACACUCGAUACAGUCACGGCUCUGGCGGCGAAUGGUCUUACAGGAACAACCUGGAGGUGUUUGAGCGUUACCGAUUCCGGCCUCGAGUCAUGGUUGAUUUGACUGACAUCGAGUCUUCUAUGGAGACUACUAUCCUUGGUCAUAAGUUUUCUGCACCCUACUUUAUCAGCCCAUGCGCCACUGCAGGUCUCGCUCAUGCUGAGGGCGAAAUCGGACUGCUUAAGGCAGCAGCGGAGCAGGAUAUCUUCUACAUCCCUUCCUUCGCUUCCAGCGUACCUUUGGAGAAGAUUGCGGCUGCCAGGCCCCAUAUCUACAUAUCGAAUAACAAAACCGCAAAUAGUCUUCUUUUCCGACGCAUCGAGAAAAUGGGAGCGAAGGCCAUGGUUCUGACGGUGGACUCGACUGGGGAUCGCAGACGGCAUCGUGCCCUUCGCUUUGAGAACACGAACCAGACUCGCUCCGCAAGUUACAUCCCAAUGACUUGGGCCAUUUACAGAGACCUGCAGAAACUUACAAAUCUUCCCAUUGUUCCCAAAGGUAUCCAGACCGUUGAAGACGCGGUACAGGCCGUUGAGGAUGGUGCCCCAGCCAUUUUCCUGUCUAACCAUGGAGGUCGUGCUCUUGAUGGCUCCCCCUCUGCUUUCGAGGUGGCUUUAGAGAUACAUAAGAAAGCGCCCCAAGUUUUCAAGAAUAUCGAGGUUUAUGCCGAUGGCGGUGUUCGCUACGGGACCGAUGUUCCUAAGCUUCUUGCACUUGGUAUUCGGGCUAUUGGCCUCUGUCGGUCAUUUAUGUACGCCAAUCUUUAUGGCGUAGAAGGAGUUUCUCGUGCAGCAAUGGUCUUGAAAAGGGAGAUCACGGCUUCUGCUGCUUUUCUUGGAGUUGCAGACUUGAAGAAGAUUAACUCGAGCUUUUUAGAACUGUCGCCAAUCGGAUGGUACAGCUAG